GAAGGACGGGCCUGAAGGGGCGGAGCCCGCAGGGGGCGUGACCCUGCCUGACCGCCUCUGCGAAUCCAGUCCUGCUGGCCGCGCGCAGCCCGCAGCCCGCCGCCCUGCUACGUGCUCACCAACAUGUCUUUCGUCCCAGUGGCCGAGGAUUCCGACUUCCCCAUCCACAACCUGCCCUACGGCGUCUUCUCUACCAAAGGCAACCCAAGACCAAGGAUCGGCGUGGCGAUUGGUGACCAGAUCCUAGACCUCAGUAUCAUUAAGCACCUCUUCACUGGGCCUGUCCUCUCCCAACACCAGGAUGUCUUUGAUCAGCCAGCUCUCAACAGCUUCAUGGGCCUGGGUCAGGCUGCCUGGAAGGAGGCAAGAGGAUUGUUGCAGAACCUGCUGUCCGCCAGCCAGGCCAGGCUCAGAGAUGACACGGAGCUUCGGAAGCGUGCAUUCAUCUCCCAGGCUUCCGCCACAAUGCAUCUUCCGGCCACCAUAGGCGACUACACGGACUUCUAUUCCUCUCGGCACCACGCCACCAAUGUCGGAAUCAUGUUCAGGGGCACAGAGAACCCGUUGAUGCCCAAUUGGCUGCACUUACCAGUGGGCUACCACGGCCGUGCUUCCUCCGUUGUGGUGUCUGGCACCCCAAUCCGCAGGCCCAAGGGACAGAUGAGACCCGAUGACUCUAAGCCUCCUGUGUAUGGUGCCUGCAAACUCUUGGACUUCGAGUUGGAAACAGCUUUCUUUGUAGGCCCCGGGAACAAAUUUGGAGAGCCGAUCCCCAUUUCUAAGGCCCAUGAGCACAUUUUUGGAAUGGUCCUUAUGAACGACUGGAGUGCUCGAGACAUUCAGAAGUGGGAGUACGUCCCUCUUGGGCCGUUCCUCGGGAAGAGUUUUGGAACCACCAUCUCUCCGUGGGUGGUGCCCAUGGAUGCCCUUAUGCCCUUUGCUGUGCCCAACCAGGAGCAGGACCCCAAGCCCCUGCCGUAUCUCCGCCACGACCAGCCCUACACGUUCGACAUCAACCUCUCUGUCACCCUGAAAGGAGAAGGAAUGAACCAAGCAGCUACCGUAUGCAGGUCCAAUUUUAAGUAUAUGUACUGGACGAUGCUGCAGCAGCUCACUCACCACUCUGUCAACGGCUGCAACCUGCGGCCGGGGGACCUCUUGGCUUCUGGAACCAUCAGCGGGCCGGAGCCAGAGAGCUUUGGCUGCAUGCUGGAGCUGUCGUGGAAGGGAACGAGAGCCAUAGAGCUGGGGAAUGGACAGACCAGGAAGUUUCUGCUGGACGGGGAUGAAGUCAUCAUCACAGAACCCGGUUUUGAGAAUGCCCAGCAUCCUGACUCCUCCUUAAUAGGAGUCCCUACCUGAAGCGUGGGAAUCAGCCACGCCCAUCUGCCCUGCAGGCAGGUUAAGGGGGCACCCGUUCUCUGCACUCGCUCUCCACAUCCUGCUCUCUGCCUGCCGACCACACAUUUCCCUUCCUGGGUCCUAUUGUCGCCCCUAUUUCCUGGAAAACUGGGCUGUAGCUGUAGCUAUGGAUUCUCGUUCCCAUUGGUGGGAUGGAGUGGGGAAUAGGCAGAGGGUCAGAUUUCAGGAAAGGGCCAGUGAGAUCAGAUAACAUUCCAGAGGAGAUUAUACUUUUCGCUUCCAUUUCCGUGGUUGACGGAGCCCAACCCAGGGAGGCAGGGAGCUGCUUUUCCCCUCUGCCCAGGGCUCGGUGACACACUCUGACUUGGGUGCAAACUUUCCUCAUGCUCUGGCCUCUCGGGGCCCUCUGUCCCUGCCUGAACGCACCUGCCUCCAGCUUCUCCUCCCUGCACUGGAGAGCAGCAGCUUGGGAGCCUGGAAAGACCUUCCUCAGCUGGGUGCAGAGCCUCACUUUUCAUCCUUUGGGCCAGUGGUCCCAACCAGAGUGGCUUUGCCCCUUGGGGGACAUUUGGCGACGUCUGGAGACAGUUCUGGCUGUCUCCGAAUGGCAGCCAGGGACGCUGCUAAACAUCCUAAGUGGACAGGACAGCUUCUCAUGAGAAAGAAUCAUCUGACUCAGAAGGUCGUCUCUGACGUUAAGAAACCCCAUGUGGACCAUCUGCUUGGCAGCUGUAAAAUGGGGAGGAAGUGGCCAGCUUUCCCACCAGGAUGUAAUCGUGCAUCUGUUCUCAGGAAGCAGGCAGGGCUGUUUGCUGGGGGUGGUGGCUCUGUUGUAACCCAGGGCAGGAAGGAGCAAUGUGAACGACAGAGCACCCGGCGUUGAAGUGGGGAGGAGAAAGACAUCCUCUGAGUAUUUGCAGCUCUCCAGGAAGAAGGCGCUUUAAAAAUGCUGCAGCUUAGGGCUUCCCUGGUGGCGCAGUGGUUGGGAGUCCGCCUGCCGAUGCAGGGGACACGGGUUCGUGCCCCAGUCCGGGAAGAUCCCACAUGCCGCGGAGCGGCUGGGCCCGUGAGCCAUGGCCGCUGAGCCUGCGCGUCCGGAGCCUGUGCUCCGCAACGGGAGAGGCCGCAACAGUGAGAGGCCCGCGUACCGCAAAAAAAAAAAAAAAAAAAGCUGCAGCUUGGAGUGAGCUGCUUUGACAGAUGAUUGAUGAAUUUCUGCCAGGUUUUGCUUCCAUAGGCUUUUUUUUCCCCCAGGGACACGAAUAUUUCUGAGCAUUGAGAUUCUAAAGUGACUGAUGGAAAAAUAAUGAAACAGAAUAGGCAAGGAUGUUGCUCUGGACAAAAGGUGACACUGAGUGUUAAGGGUCAGUGCUGGGGUGGCAAGGAUGUGCCUCGGUGAUGCCGGGGAGGGUGAGGGGCUGGUUUGGGGUUGUUGCUGGUGUCCAAGCUGCCACCAAACUUCUCCCCAGAGAAGGCCAGCAGUCAGAGCAGCCCUCACAGGGAGGACCGGUGGGAUGACUGGGCAGGUGGGAGGAAGUGGGAGGAGACAGGCUGGGUAGGCUGUACUGAGCUACAGGUGGCCGUGAGGACUGUCCCUGCGCUCACUGGAAGGGCUCAUUGAGGCGUCCCUGACCCCGUCUCCCAAAGCUGUCUUUGGUCUCAGUGUUCAGUUGGCUGGGAGUCCUCUCCGCAGUGAGCUUCGAUUUGUUUCUCUCAGUUGUGAGAAUAUCGCAACUCCUUGCUUUCCCUUCUUCACAUUGGGUAGCAGAAGGCCUAACUCCAGAUUUGGGGGUCGUCUUCGGCAGGUGAGGGGGUCUGGUGGUGUUUUGUGUAACUCAAGGUCACGGGCAUCCCCUGCAGUGGCCCUCAUGUUCGUCAUGGGCAGGUGGCCGUCACCUCAGCACUGCCGUGGCUCGUGGUGCUUGAGAAGCGUCUCAAUCUGAGGAGCCUUGGAGCCUCUGUAUAGGCCUGACACCCAUAAACCUAUGUGCUUCCAUCUGUCUUCUCUCUAGGGGCCACUGGAGAGGGUGCUGUUUAAAACAUAGCUUUCACUGUCUUGCUGAAAACUCCUGAGUCACCUCAGUGCCCUCGGGAAAAGGUUCAAACUCCUUAACAUGGCUUCUAAGAAUACUCUGUACUCUGGCUUCUCAGGGGACCCCACACAACAGCUUCACUGAAUAAGUGCACCUCGUGCAUCUCUCGCCUUGGUCUCCGUGUCUUUGCACACGCUGUUCCCUCUGUCUGGCACACCCUUUUCGUUGUGUCCCCCCUGGUGAACUCGUAUCCACCUGUCAAGUCCCAGCUCCGAUGUUCCCUCCUUUCUGCUCCUGUUUCCUCCAUGCUGCUCUCCCAGCUCCUCAUAGACUUGUCUGCUCUGACUCAGACAGCUGCUCCCACUCAAUGGACCCUUCUCAGGUCCAGGGACAAGGGCCUCCUCCUCUCUGCCUUUCUGCUGAAAUGGAAUUGAGUGAAUUUGUUUAACAUCUGCUCUGGGAGAGAUGUCAUGCUAGGGCUUCAGCCACGUGUUUCAUUGAAUCCUCACAACCCUGAGAGGUAAGGAUUGCUAUUCCCAUUUGCAGACAAGGGGGCUGAGCUCAGAGGUUAAACAAGUUGCCCCUAAUCCCCCAGCUUAUAAUCAUCAUAAUAGCUGACACUGAGCACUUCCCCUGGGCAAGGCACUCUUUUGGAGUUCUCUGUGUAUUAACUCAUAUCAUCUUUGCAACAGCCCUGCGCAGUGAGUACUAUCAUUAGAUCCAUUUCACAGAUGAGGAAACUGAGUUCCAGAGACUUCCCUCGUGGUCCAGUGGUAAAGACUCCACACUCCCAAUGCAGGGGACCCGGGUUUGAUCCCUGGUCAGGAAACUAGAUCCCGCGUGCUGCAACUAGGCUAAAGGAGCCUGCAUGCCACAACGAAGAUCCCACGUGCCACAACUAAGACCUGAUGCAGCCAAAUAAAUAAAUAAAUAUUAAAAAUUAAAAAAAACAAAAACGAAAAGAAAAGAAACUGAGUUCCAAGGGGACUCAAGGUCAUGGAGCCAGUAGGUGGAAGAGCCAGGCUUUGAACCCAGUCAGUCUAGCCUCAGGCUAAUUAGCAAGCCUAGAAUUUGAACUCAGACUUACUUAGGGAGAGUUGACCUAUACCUAUUGCUUUACCUCCCAGGAAAGCCAUUGUGCCAUCCUUGCACCGCUUGUGAGGGUCCCUGACAGUAGGGCGGGCCUGGAGUUCCAUCUUGGUGCUCCUGUAGCUCUGCCCAGCUUCUGGAGAAGGUGGUUUUUCUGUCGAAAAUACCUGUUUGUCAUUCAGAUGGCACCUUCCUGCCUUGGGCCCAGCUGUGUGCUGACCGGCACCGUGGCCGCUUGGGCGUUGGUUCCCCUGAGCCCAGCGGCUUCGUGGCUGACCCCUGUCCUCCUCUG